CGGUCUGUCUGUCAGUCGACCCCCGAAAUGGCUACAUGGACCACCGCUAUUCCUCGCACCACAUAUUCCCAGCCUUCCACACACCCAUCCCGAUCGACAUGCGUCACCACGAGGGGAGGUACCACUACGAACCCCACUCGCUACACGCCAUCCACGGGCCUCCUGCCUUGACAGCCAGCCCUAUCUUCUCUGACCUCUCCCUCAUCAGGCUCUCUCCUCACCGGAACCCGACGGCCGCAGGGGAACCCGCCUUCAGCCUCCCCCAUCCCUAUGUCAAUCCCCACGUGGAGCAUUACCUCAGAUCCAUCCACGGGAGUCCCACGCUUUCCAUGAUCUCAGCGGCGAGAGAGUUGAGCCCAGCUGACGUUCCCCAUGAGCACCUGAAGGACAGAGGUCUAUUUGGCCUGCCUCAACACCCGGUCGGAGUUAAUUCAGCCGAAUACUAUCACCAGAUGACCCUAAUGGCCAGUCACCGAAGUCCAUAUAGCGAUAUCCUCAUGCAGACCGGAGCCACCAGCACCGCUCACAUCACCGAUUACAUCAACCCCGUGGACUUCUCGAGGUUCUCCAGUCCCAGGCCCGCGGCCAGGAUGAGCCGGAAGAGGGCCCUGUCUAUCUCCCCCCUCUCGGACGCCAGCAUUGACCUCCAGACCAUGAUUCGCACGUCCCCCAACUCGCUGGUGGCUUACAUCAACAACUCGCGGAGCAGCUCGGCAGCCAGCGGCUCCUACGGGCACCUGUCGGCAGGUGCCAUCAGCCCGGCCCUCAGCUUCCCUCACCCCAUCAACCCAGUGACCUUCCAGCAGAUGCACCAGCAGAUCCUGAACCAGCAGCGAGGCCUGGGGUCAGCGUUCGGACACACGCCUCCACUGGUCCAGCCGUCACCGACCUUUGCCUCGCGGCAUCACAUGGCCAACGUCUCUGCCGUCCUGCCGCACUCUCACGUUAAUAAUAACCCCCCCUCCGAAUCGGCUCAGAGUAAACUGAGCGGCGAAUCUGCUGUGACGAGCACCGUCAGUCCAAUGAUCCACAAGCGCACCAAGGUUAAAACUGAGGUGGAGGGACUGCGUCCCAAAUCGCCCAACACUCAGGAUCACCCAGUGGAGCUGACCGAGGUGAAGGAAGAUCUGGAUAAAGAUGACUGCAAACAGGAGCCGGAGGUCAUUUACGAGACGGCCUGUCACUGGGAAGGCUGCGGCAAGGAGUACGACACUCAGGAGCAAUUGGUCCACCACAUCAACAACGAGCACAUCCACGGGGAGAAGAAGGAGUUUGUGUGUCGCUGGCGGGAUUGCUCGCGGGAGCAGAAGCCGUUCAAGGCGCAGUACAUGCUGGUGGUCCACAUGCGACGACACACAGGAGAGAAACCGCACAAGUGUACGUUCGAGGGCUGCAGCAAAGCUUACUCGCGGCUCGAGAACCUUAAGACUCACUUGAGGUCACACACUGGAGAAAAGCCCUACGUGUGCGAACACGAAGGCUGCAACAAGGCCUUCUCCAACGCGUCGGAUCGGGCCAAACACCAGAACAGGACUCACUCGAACGAGAAACCCUACGUUUGUAAAAUUCCCGGCUGCACCAAGCGGUACACCGACCCGAGCUCGCUCAGGAAACACGUGAAGACUGUGCAUGGGCCGGACGCGCACGUCACCAAAAAGCAACGCAACGACGUCCACCCCAGACCCCCGGGGCCCAAAGACACGGGUGACAUCGAGACGGGUGUUGGGCAAGGUAACAGGGCAGGAGAGGACAGGGCGGAGGCUAACAGCACCAGUGGGGGCCUGGAGGACUGCCUGCAAAUCAAAACCAUCAAAACUGAGAAUCCCAUGAUGUAUCAGUCCAGCCCUGGUGGCCAAUCUUCAUGUAGCAGUGAGCCAUCGCCGCUUGGCAGCACCAACAACAAUGACAGUGGAGUAGAAAUGAACAUCAACAGUGGAGGUAGCCUGGGAGAUCUCGCCACGUUAGAUGACAUCCCCACGGUGGAUUCCACCGUCUCAUCAGGAACUUCAGCGGUCAGCGUUCAGUUGAGGAAGAACAUGACAGCGUCCCAAAGACUCGAGCAUCUCAAGAAGGAAAAAUUGAAGCAGGUUAGAGACGUCCCUUCCUGGGCAAACCCAGUGCCAUCAAUCAAAAACACCAAGCUUCCCUUCAUUGUCAUGAACGGAACUCCACUGGACACUUCAAUCCCCGGUGGUUCCACCGCUGUGUUGCCCAACCCCAGGAUAAUGGAGCUGUCUAACGGGGAGAUCACGGUCCUCAAUCAACUCAAUGAGCGGCGGGACAGCGGGGCGAGCACCCUCAGCUCCGCCUACACGGUCAGCCGCAGGUCCUCCGGCAUCUCCCCCAACUUCUCCAGCCGCCGCUCCAGCACUGUCUCCCACUUGGGGGGCCGUCACGACAACCCCAGCUCCGCCGACUCCUACGACCCCAUCUCCACCGACCUCUCGCGCAGGUCCAGCGACGUCAGCUACUGCGGGGGUCCGCUGCUCAACCUGACCCCGGCCGAGCAGUACAGGCUCAAGGCCACCUACGCCGCCGCCACGGGGGGAGCCCCCCCGACACCCCUCCCGAACAUGGACCCCCCCAAGUCCCGAAUGCCUCUGCCGUGGGACAACCCGCGCUCCACCUUCUCUCCGUUCCCCCCGCUCGGCCCGCAGAGACGCAGCAGCGAUGGGGGGCUGUUUUGCGGACGCGGAGGGACCCUUGGCCCGCCGCCCAGGCCCCGCGAGCUGGCGGGCCACGGCUACCGGCGGGCCAGCGACCCGGUGUGCCGGCCGGCAGGGGGGCACUCGGCCUUCCCGCGCUUUGCGGAGCGUUUCGGGGGUUCAGGCAGCCUGGGGCUGGCCGACGGGCGUAGCGCGUUCCUUCAGAGCGGCCGGCGGGCCGCCUACUCGCCCCGGCCACCCAGCAUCACCGAGCAGGUGGCCAUGGAGGGCCUGCAGGGCGACGGGGGGCUGGGGGCGGGGGCCGAGGAUGAGCUGAUGCUCCCCGACGAUGUGGUGCAGUACAUCAACUCCCAGGAGCAUUGCCUGACCCCGGGCCCCGACCCGCGCCCACUCGGCUUCAACACCCACUUGCAGAGCUUCCAGGACAACGCGUUGAGCCAGGCGGGUGGCGCCUACGGGCAGCUGCACCCGCCCCGGGCGGACUCCAACUUGAUGGGUCCGGGACGGGGGAGCCCGCCGCCUUACCAGGGCCCGCCCGCUGGGAGCAAGAGCCACAUGCCGGUGCAGUGGAAUGAGAUCAGCUCGGGCACGGUGGACCUGGCCCCCGAGCGAUCCGAGCCGCGCUUCUCGUGUGCCAACCCGCCCCCCCUCCGGCACAAGCAGAUGUUCGAGCAGUACCAAUCUCUGCCCGCCGCUUCGAUGAGCCCGAGGGACGCCAGCCUUGCCCAGCAAGUGCUCACGCAGAGAACGGCGGGCUUGAAUGAGCAGAGAAUGGGUUACGUGCAGCAGCAACAACAACAACAGCAGCAGCAGCAGCAGCGCCAAAUACAACCUCAGCUCGCCCCAUGUCAGAACGCUAUUCCUAACCCGCUCAACAACCCACCGCAGGCUUAUAACCACACCAACCAAAUGCUCCACCCCAAUGGGAUCAACAGACCCGCGGGCCAGGCUCCCUGCAGCAACGUGCCCGGGAGCGCCAUGAUGCCCGCCCCCGUCGCGACGGGCACGCAAUGCUACAAGCUGCCUCCGAUGAUGCAGGACAAAGUUCCGAUGGUGAAAAGUUACAUGCAAGCCCACCACGGCCUGGCCCAGACUCAACCGCACAUGGCGGGCGUUGGCGAGAGACAGCUGAUGUUGAACAAUCGCAGGGCACGUGUUGGCGGUCAAGGUCAAGCUCCGGGCGUGCACAUCUCAAGCCAACAGAACUUCGGGUCUCACCUGCAACCGGGGAUAAACCCGAACCUUAUUAACUUUAACGGCCAGGGAAGCUUAAGCCAGACCAACGCCCUGGUCAACUCAAUCAACCAGCAGAACUUCAGGCAGUCGGAGCACGAUGCAGUAAGUUUCGCUGGGCACGGCAUGAUGCAGCCUCAACUAGUGCAGGGCUCUGCUUCCGUAGCCAGGCAGCGAGGCCUAGUGAACUCAGUCAACAUGCAACACGCACAGACGUACCUGCAAAGCCCUGUCCAGAUGAACGGCUUGAACCCCGGACACCAGCGUUCAGACUCGAGCCAGAAAAGGCCAGGGAACCUAUUUCCGUCCCAGCUUCAGCCCCCGCACUGCACCGGCAACGAGAACUCCAACGGCAACGGCUUGACCUUCUACUCCGGUCAGAUCCACAUCUACGAGCAAAGCGGGAACUUCAGUCACCGCAUGGACUGCGCGAUUCGAGACCAGCAGUGCAUGGCGGAGGCCAAGGCCACUUGCAUGUCCUCGCCAGGCGCCAACCAGGUGUCGAGUACUGUGAACUCCCAGGGGCUGGAGCCAGCCCAGAUCGAUUUUGAUGCUAUAAUGGACGAUGGGGAUCAGUCCAGCUUGAUGUCCGGUACAUUGAGCCCCAGUAUUCUCCAGAACCUCUCCCAGUCUUCCUCUCGCCUCACGACUCCCCGCAACUCCUUGACGCUACAGACUAUUCCAGCCGGAUUGACCAACAUGGCAAUAGGGGACAUGAGCUCCAUGUUGACUACCUUAGCCGAGGAGAACAAAUUUCUGAACAUGAUGUCUUAAACAAAAGUUCGCCCCCAAACCAACCACCACCCCCAC